AUGGCACGCAGAACAAAGACAUUGGCUGAGCAGCUCGCCGAGCUCGACAACCCUGCUCCUNNAAGGGAGCCGCCACAGGACGACAGCGACGAGGACGCCUCGGAUAAUGACAAUGCCGCCGCUGCGAGAGAACACUACGUCGAUGUCGGCAAGAGCAAGCUACGCAAGCGCGAUGUCCAAGACGCCGAAAAAGGUCGCGCAGUCAAGACCCAACGCACAACCUUCGACUCCCUCCUCAACACACGCAUCAAGCUUCAAAAAGCUCUGAUUGGCACAAACACCCUCACCGGCAUCAUCUCCGACACAACUCCCACAGAAGACACCGAAGAUGCCUUCCGCGCUGCCGAAACUGCCGCCUUUACCCUCUGGUCUACCCUAAACUCGCUGCGUGAAACCCUCGAGUCCAACCGCACAGGCCAUAAACGCAAACACGCCACUUUCGACCUGGAUACACCAACAGAAGACCUCUGGUCCCAUAUGCGCAGCCAAGAACUCUCUGCCAAUAGCACCCGCGUCUCCAUUCUCGAAAAGUGGAAUCAAAAAGCCAGAGGCGCUUCCGCUAUUACCCCCAAGAACAAGUUGAACAACUCCUCGGCAAAUCAGAGUAUCGUGGAUGUCUUGCAAGAGCAAUUACACGGUGAUCGCCUCAUCAAGCGCGCAAGGACACCGCGCUCUUGUGCGCCUUUGCAACUUGCUUCUGCCUCUACCAGCACCACCUCAGACUCUCCCCCAUCUAUCUACGACGACGCCGAUUUCUACGGCCUCCUCCUCCAGUCACUCCUCGAACAACGCAGCGCCGACUCCAUCGCCGCCUCUGCCUCUUCCACAAUUUCCAUCAACAGCGGCUUCCAAAUGCGCCGCGAAGCCAAAACAAAGAAAAAUGUCGAUACCAAAGCUUCCAAAGGCAGGAAAAUGCGGUAUACGGUGCAUGAAAAGUUGCAAAACUUUAUGGCGCCGGAGGAUAGGGGUGUUUGNGGGGAGAGGGCGGCGGAUGAGUUGUUUGGGAGUUUGUUUGGUAAGAGGAUGGGGUUGGGUGAGGAGGAGGAUGAGGAGGUGCAAGAGGAACAGGAUGGGCAGGAUGAGGAAGAGGCUGGAUUGAUGAUGUUUAGGGCUUGA